AUGGCAAACCCAAGACAAAGAAAUAAAGCUAGAUCUUCAAAAACUCAUAAACCUUCUUUGAACCAAAAACGUCGUAUGCGUCAAGCCAAGAGGAAACCACCAGCUUUGAAAGGUCCUCUGGUUUUACAAGAAGGAUGGGAUAAAACUAAGACUGUUUUUCAAAAUUACGCAGCUCUAGGUUUAUUACCCACCAUUCCACUCCCUUCCAACGUCUCUCGAUCACACAAAGCUCAAGUCUCUUUACCAGCUCCAGAAGGGGUAAAAAUUGGUUUUGGACGGAUAGUAAGGGAUGAAGAAGGUAAUGUUGUGGAUAUCAUCAUAGAUGAGGAUGAGAAUGAGGAUCAAUCUGAAAAGAUGGAUGAAGAUGAGAUUAUUAAAGAAGGAGAGGAAGAGACAAAAUUGAUGAAAGAACUCCAACGUAUAGCCUCCACCUCCAAACCUGUCAAAAGACAUACUUCCACUUCUGAACACGCUUGGCUUUCUUCCCUCGUAGCCAAACAUGGAGAAGACUAUACGGCAAUGAGCAAGGAUAAAGAGAAUGUUUGGCAGAAAACUCCUGGGGAAUUGAAGAGGAUGGUGAAGAAAGCUGGUGGGGUGGAAGGUUUGAGAGGGGUUUGA